AUGAACUCCACAAAGCUGUUGUUAAACUCAAAAUCCCAAGCUCAGUGUGUGUUUUUUAGCCGGUUUUAUUAUACAAACAGGGUCAAUAAAGCCACUCUGUAUUCCAGAAUCAGUCCUUUGGGAGGCCCUGACAAAAGCGUCGAAGCUGAGCUUGAAAACUGGCUCAAACAUGGGAAAAACGUUCGAGUCGCCGAGCUGCAACGCAUCAUUUACGAUCUCCGCAAGCGAAAACGAUUCACUCAAGCUCUUCAGGUUUCUGAAUGGAUGAAUAAAAAGGAAAGCUAUUUUAAUGGAUUGAAGGACCAAGAUAAAACCGAUAAGACGUAUGGUGCUCUUCUGAAUUGUUAUGUGCGUCAGCGACAGACAAACAAGUCCCUCUCUCAUUUGCGGAAAAUGAAGGAGUUGGGUUUCGCCUCGACAGCUCUUACUUACAAUGAUAUUAUGUGCCUUUACACGAAUAUCGGACAGCAUGAGAAGGUACCUGAAGUGAUGAAGGAGAUGAAAGAAAAGAACGUCUCCCCCGACAACUUCAGUUACAGAAUUUGCAUCAAUUCCUUUGGUGUGAUGUCGAAUCUCAAGGGAAUGGAAGAAAAUUUAACAGAGGUGGAAAAUCAACCUCCCAUUAAGAUGGAUUGGAACACUUAUGCUGUUGUUGCCAAUUUUUACGUAAAAGCAGGCCUUACUGAAAAGGCAAUCGAUCAACUGAAAAAAUCUAAACAGAAGUCAACCGAAGUUGGGUUUCGGGUUGAGGAGUGCGAAGAGACCAUUUUAGAAGCUUUUGGCCUCUCCGAUCUCUCCGGCCGCCGUGCGCCAUCGUUGGCCCCAUCGUGGGAGCCUCCGGCCACCGUGGCCGCCCUCUCUUCGUUUGAGAGAGUUUCAGAGAACUCUCUCUCUCUCUAUUCUUCUGUUUAA